UCUGGUGGUGUUGGUGAGAAAUUGUUGAGGUAGUGGUGGUAUUGAAUGUCUGUUGUAUGGUAGUCUUUAUGUUUAGAAUGCACGCUGGAUUAUAUGGCAGUGUGGAGUCAAGAUAAUCCAGUUCAAAGCAGAUAAUAUAAGAUUCUAAAUGGGUUAUAUAGCUGUGUGGAAGGGCCUUGAGUCUACACUGCCAUAUAAUCCAGUUCAAAUCUGAUAAUCUGUGGAAGAGGCCUAAGUGAGGCCUAACUGUGCCUGUCCCCUGGGCUGAGUGCGUUGCUAGGAGACCAAGUGAGUGGAGCUUAGCCUUCUAACUGGCAGCAAUUGGAUAAAAACUAUUAUUCCUCUCGCUCUAAUUAGGACUUUGUUUUUCUUUUCUUUUUGUUGUAUCAACCUAGAGCCGUGGAUGAUGGGUUGUGUUGUCAAAUUUCGAGGUUGGGGGGCCUAUAGUUUUGUUGUUUUGUCCGCUGCCCUGAUGCCAUCACUCUUUUAUAUAUAUACUAGCUUUGCCCGGCCACGCGUUGCUGUGGCUUAUGGGAAUUAUUUGUUGGCCAGGUGGAAUAGGAGUGAAUAGCCUUGCAGCGUGAAAGUCUGGCCGUUUUGUGGAGUGGUUGGAGUCAUAGCAUUAAUCAAAGAGCUGCUUUGAAGUGUGGGUACUUCCUUAGUAGGAGAAUUCUUGUUUGGCCAGAUUGAAUGGUAUUAAAUAGGUUUGUAGGUUAAAAGCCUGGUCGGUUUGCACAUAAGGUAUUGUUGCUAGGCAAGGUUGAAUAGGACAGAGUUGUGUUGUGGUUUCAAAGUUUGGGGGGUUUGUAUGUAGGGGAAAUGUUGGUUGGCCUGGUUGAAAAGUAUUGAAUAGCCUUGAUGGUUGUAAGCCUGGUUGGUUUUUACCUUGCGGAAUCCUUGGUUGGUCAGUUUGAACAGGAAUUAAUAGUGUCGGUGUGGGAGGUUUGAAUGGUGGAAUUAGCCUCUUUGAUUAGUUUUUAUGGCCUUGCAGGUUGAAAGGGUGUUUGUUUACUGUCUGGAGGAAUGUUUUGUUGGAAAGUGUUAGCUGGCCCUGAUUGUUUCGUUUGUAGAAUUCCCAAUUUCCCUGCUUUCCGAGUGUUGGUCUUUAUUUCCUGGUUUUAGAGAUUAUAUUGUUUUCUAUUAUUAUACCAUAGUAAGUCUUAUAUAUUAUAUUUAUCAUGUUAUAUUAGGUGGUUAGAAUUGGAUUAUAUGAGGUCAGUUGUACAUAGUUGUAUAAAAUGUAGACUGAACUGGAUUAGAUGGCAGUGUAGAGUGAAGGCAAUGUCAUAGAGGAAUAUUAUUUAGAAUGCCAAGGUAGAUAAUCCAGUUGAAAGGAGAUAUUGGCAGAUGUGCCUUGGUAUUCUGGGUAAUAUUGUUGUGUGGCAGGGGUUUGAGUGUAGACUGCCACAUCAUGGAGUUGAAAUCAGAUAAUCUGUUUUUAGUGUAAUUGUGUUGUAUCUUACUUGAGGCGGGGUUGAUUGAUUGUGUUGGCAAUUUUUGAGUUUGGGGGUUUUGGGGUUUUGUUGUUUUGUGAGUCGCCGUGAUGCCAAAAGCCUUUUAUAUAUAUAGAUAGAUAGAUGGUUUUCUGUGGGUGAGCAGAUGGCGACUAUUGGGUGGCAUAUGUUCUGUAUCCGAAGAAUCACUUCUUUCCUGGACGAACCAUUGCAGAGAAACAUCCUUUAGGUUCACAAGGAAAUCAAGGAAAGAAUGCUGCCAUUCUAGAUUUUUUCCGCCCCAUUUAUACACAUCACAGAGGUUUAUUUCCCACCAGAGGAUAUAUAUUUUGUUCCAAUCUAUCGAAGGAAAUUGGAGUAUUUUGAGGACGGCGUUUUCGGCAACGGCUCUCCCAUUGUUGUUGGUUUCAUAGUCUCGCCAAUUUUUAAAGGUUUUCUUCCCUGCCUCCUCUUCCUCCUCCUUUCAUCUCACCUCCCCAAAUACAGGUGUUGUUGUUUAACAAACAACUUAACUCUCAAUUCGUCACGGCAUUAGGACCCAGGCGCCGUUGCCAGGCUUAAGCCUUUCAUGCUGCAGAACCAGUUUCCAGGGUGAGUCAAGGAGGCCUUCGGCGCCGGUUUCGUGGGACGUCCCAACCGCUCCCGGGUCGUGUUUUGGGCUCCCGGAAAGGAACAGGAGGGACCCGGCAUCAUCUUUCCAGGCCCAGAUGGGCUCCCAGGAGGCUGCGCUGCCGCCCGAAAUGUUGAAGAAGGAAACCGUCAAGCAAAGAGAUGAAUUGCCGAACAUCACCGACAUGGAGCUGAAAGAGGAGUGGCAGGACGACGGGUUUCCUCGGCCUCUUCCAGAAGAGAUCUCCGGAGAGGAUCUGGAAGGAUCCAGUUUGGAACUGAGCCCUGUUGCCCUCAACACAUUGGAGUUGUGCGGACGGCGACACAUGAAGAAACGCCUCCCGGCCCCCGAACUUGGAGACGGGUCAGUGAAGUCGGACGAGUUUCCGGAACGGACGCCGGACGGGAGCCUGGACAUCGAUGUGGACGAGUUGGAUACGCCGUCCGAGAGCGAGCUGCAGGAAGGCCAUGGGUUCGAAUGGGACGACGACUUUCCCAGGGUCCAGCGAGUGGACGGCGACUUGCAGGAGAGGUUUUGCACAAAUCGGGUGAUGGACACCCGGGACCCGGAUGGACGGGCCUGGCGGAUCUUCCUGACCGAGGAACAGGAGCAGAGAGUGGAUCUGUCAGCUGUCGGACCCUACAAGAAGGUCAUCUCCCACGCAGGUUAUGACAGCGAAGGCUUGAACGCCAUUAUCAUGUUUGCCGUGUGUUACUUACCGGACAGCUCCAUCCCAGAUUAUCCGUACGUCAUGGAGAAUCUCUUCAGGUACAUCGUAGGGACGUUGGAGUUGAUGGUGGCCCAAAACUACGUGCUGGUGUGCCUCAACGGGGCCGCUCCCAGGAGCAGGCUGCCGUCCUUUGCGUGGAUCAAACAGUGUUACCAAACCAUUGACCGGAGGCUCCGGAAGAACCUCAAGGCUCUGGUUAUUGUCCACCCGGCCUGGUACGUGAAGGCGCUGGUGGCCGUCUUUAGACCCUUCAUCAGUUCCAAGUUUAGCCGGAAAGUGCAAUUUGUGGAGAGUUUGGCGGACCUGGGGCAGCUCAUCCCUCUGGACCAGGCCCACGUCCCGGACCCCGUCCGACGGAAUCUCAAAGAAGAGCCAGGCCUUGAGCCUCCAGCGUCGAAAGAAGCCCCCACGGACCCCACUCUUGGUUCUUCUUGAGGCUUUUUCUCCCUUUUGUGGCUUUGAUUUUGGCAGAGUUGGGACGAAUUGGGUUGGAGGUGGACAAGGAGCCCCGAACCCCAAAGCAGAAGGGAAGGAAGGCCGUGGUUUGACCCCUCUGGGGCUCUCCUUCCCAAGCAAACUUAAUAAAACACUAAAUUGUUGCUUUUAA